AUGGCUAACCCAAUUCCAAUUCGUGCAUGGUCUCGCUUGGCCUCUCUAAGAUCUUCAUCAGCUCCCAAUCCAGAGUCACAUCCUAAACCUCACACUUCAGAACCUUCUCUUAAAGCAACAAACACUUGCUCUCGUGACAAUAAUGAAAGUGCCACCAAAUCUCUACCAACAUCACCAAAUGUUCACAACCCAAUGCACUCUCAAAAGCUCAAACUAAUUACCCCUAUGACCUUUCCACCCGCCAAAUUGAAGGUUCACCCUCAGCCAAGGGUAGAAGUGACCAUUGAAAAGCCUAAUGGCAAUGCUUCACUGAAGACUGAACCAGGAGAAAUCCAAAAGCAAGGCAAUGGCCCAAAUGAAAAACAAGUGACAAACAUAGAAAAUGAAACCAAAGGGAAUGGUAUUCAAUCAAAGCUUUCGAGUUCUGAGGGCAAUGGCAUAAGGGUCAUAACAAUUUCAGGGGAAAACAGAGGUGCACACAUGCAAAUAACCAAAUCCCGAAAGAAACAACAACAACCCAUUCAUCACAAGAUGGGAAAUUCUGAUGGUGAGAAAGUGAGAACACUAUCUUCGCCUCCAAUGAGAGGUGUGUACGGGAACAGCAAUGUGCAGUGUGUCAACAACUCAAUGUUGUUCCACACUAGUUUAACCAACCAUGAUCCUGGAAUGCACCUUAUUAUCCCAAAAAAGCCAAUUGGUCAAGGAUUCCAUCUCAAGGAACGUGUUGGUGGUCAACGCAAUUGA